GUUGGUUUCCUGCAAGUGUCUCAAAUCUAAAUUAUUACUGAAUUAUAAUUGUUCGGGUUCUGGCUUCUCUCACACGGGUUGAGCGGAAGUGAUUCAGCGGAGAGGUUUCACUCGCCGUUUUCUCUAUCUCCUAGAUCAAUAAGAGGUUACUUGAGACCGGUACAAGGCUACAACCGACCAGCCGUCCCGGAAAUUGCGAAAUCCGACUGCCAAGGAUGGAUUAGAAAUCCGCCUAGGAGUGAAGUUCUCGGAGAUAACAAUAUCACCGGCUUCACCGGCAGCUGUUUCCUCCUUAAACAUGGCCACUCAUACAUCGAUCUAUGACGCUACCGGCCGCGCUUGCAUGUAGAUCACUUAUAGUGAGACGUUUAUUCUAAUGAAAGUUAUAGCUCGGGGGAUCCAAGAUUAUCAAUCACCAUGUAUAAACGGAUGGCGGAACUUGGCUCCUCCCGAAUAAUGAAUGCAUCUUAGCUGUGAAUAUGUUAGUAAUGUCUGCCGACAUCACUUUGGGAACGCACCUGGGUUACUAUUUAAACCAUGAAGAUUAACACACUUGCUGGAGCUUUUCUCGCCAUUGUCACGCACGGCAUAUCCGAAGCACAUCUACGUUCGUGAUCCUACUUUGCUACCCUGACAGCCCGAAGCACCAUGGACUACGAAAACCUCCCGGAAGACUACUUCCUGACGGCUGGCGCAUUCACCAAGAAGCUCUAUCGGGACCAGUAUCCCGCCAUUGAUCCUACCUUGCCAUCCCUGUCACAGCAGGGAAGAGUGGUUGUGAUCACCGGCGCGAGUUCAGGCCUAGGUGCUCAUGGGUUCCCAAUCUCGUUUGCCAAAGCCGGAGCAAAGGCCAUCUGGCUCGUCGCCAGAGAUAAGCAGGGCCUGGAGGCGACCAGACAGCGUGUUGUAGCAGUAGAUCCCUCCAUAAAGGUUCGGGCGGUAUCUCUCGACGUCUCCGACGAAGCCGGCGUUGCCCGGCUUUUCGACCAGAUCGAGUCGGAAGACGGAAAGGCCGAUGUCUUGAUCAACAAUGCGGGUCUUUCACGGGGUGGUCCGAUUACCUCUACCGCAAUAGACGGUAUCUGGAAGGAUUUCGAGGUCAUGGUUAAAGGAACCUUCAUAACAAGCCAAUACUUCACCAAACUACUAGGGCCGACGUCAAGGGGCUAUAUUAUCAACGUCUCAAGCAUGGCAGCCGUGCUUGCGAUGCCAGGAAGUGAUAGUUACGCCUUGUCAAAGAUGGUUCAAUCCGCAAUGCAGCGCUACAUUGCACUUCUGAAUCCGAAUAUCGUAGCGACGAGUCUUCAUCCGGGGGCGGUCGCGACUAAUAUCGUCCCGGAAGUCUUUUCGAGAUUUGCAAAGGACACGCACGACCUUGCUGCCGGCACUGCUUUAUGGCUUGCGAGUGAAGAUGCGCAAUUCAUGAAUGGGCGGUAUAUGUCUGCGAAUUGGUCCGUGGAGGAAAUGGUGGAGCGUCGGGAGGAGAUUGUGGAACAUGACUUGCUCAAGUUUGACUUGAAGAUUGCACCUUACGCUGCCUAGAUGGGGUUUGAUAGAGUUUCUCUAUGGUUUCUAAGAUUGACGGUGCUUGGGUUUGUUUAUGGGUGCCCAUUUCAGAGUUUGAUAUAGAGCAUGGACAAGAUAUAGUACUAUGGCUCAUGCCAAGCACAUAUCAUAAAAUAUGCUACUACGAGAACAUAGAAGUAGCUGAAAUGGUUUACUUUUGC